GAUUUUUAGGGCUUGGAGGAGAUGGAGGUCCUGCGGGUAAGUGAAUUCGGGAGACUUGAAAUCUCAAAAGCAGCAUCGGAAAGGAAGAAAGAGAAAAAGUUAAGGGCUUGGAGUAAGAAAUAUUCCCAUCUGGCAUAUGGUUUUGAUUAUGGAGGCUCUGAUUUUAGAUUAAGGAAGCCUGAUGUUGGCGACUUUGAUUAUCAUCUCACCCUUUAUUGUAGGCUUGCUCUCUACUGCUACAAUUUUGAAAAGGGAACUAACUUUAAGUUUGUGCGCUGGGUAAAGUAUAAUUCUUUGUGGUCUGCUAGCGUCGACUUCUACUUAACUUUGGAGGCAAUGGAUCCCUCGGCCUGCAACUCUGUCCUCUCCUCUUUUCAGGCUGUUUACAGUAAUGCUGGAUGUACGGUGGACGAUAUAUAUACGUGGAGGAUCUUGGCCUGCAGACCCUCAUGUAACAAGGGUGUGAAUGAAGAUUGGGACCGGUAUGAGGAUGCUAUAGAUCCAUUGUACACACGUCCAUUGCCCAAAUGGUUUUCUGAUGAGGCCUUGGCCACUGACAACAAAAAGUAUUACGUGGUGCCAGAAUCAGAGCUGCACGAUUAUGACUGGCUGCAUCUAUUCAUGGAAAUCGCAUUCUUUAAAGCAAUAUAUCCUCUAAGUCACUUGAAAUUACAAUCAUUCUCCGCCAGACUUGCUAUCUGCUUCCUCUUACACUUGCCAGUGUGACGAAUCCAGGUAUUGGUGGCUUCCCCUCCCUUGGAGAUCAACAAGGUAGUUGUAAAAUUUAUUUUAUAUACAUUAAAAGUA